AGGGGAAAUUUACUUGGUUAGUAAAGUGGAGGAUGUUUCCGUCACAGUGACAAAGUUACGCACGUUUUGGUUAGUUGUUAUGUAAGUGUUCUGUCAAAAUACGUUAUAGAAUUGAAGUUUGGAAUAUUUCUUGCCUGCUUGUAGUAAAAUAAGAUGUUUUAAGUAUCUACAAAAGGGUUGUAUCGCCGUGAUAUAAAAUGAGAACCAUUGAAGGAAAAAUUGUGGUACUUGGAGCACAAGGUGUUGGCAAAACUAGCCUGGUUGUGAGGUAUGUUGGCAAGAUGUUCAGUCGUCAUAUGAGCCCAACAAUUGGUGCAUCAUUUUUCACUUGCAAAUUAAAUGUUGAAGAUAUGCGUGUUAAGUUACAGGUUUGGGAUACAGCUGGACAGGAAAGAUUCCGUUCCAUGGCUCCCAUGUAUUAUCGGAAUGCCAAUGCUGCACUCAUAGUAUUUGAUAUCACACAAUAUUAUACAUUUGAGGCCAUGAAGGUCUGGGUGAAAGAACUGCAGCGCAAUGUUGUGGAGUGUCUGGUUCUGAGUGUUGUUGGGAAUAAGACAGACCUUGAGUCUCAACGGCAGGUCCCAACAGAAGAGGCUGUACAGUAUGCAGCUUCUAUUGGUGGGAGUUACUUUGAGUCAUCUGCUCUUCAUGAUGAAGGAAUAGAAGAUGUGUUUCUCAGUACAGCCAUACGGCUCAUUCGAUUAAGCAGGGACUCUGUGUGCCCCGGUCUGAGGAUCUAUGACUCGUCUGACCCAGCGAGUCCCAUUUCGAAUGUUGGAAAGGGCUCCUUAUCGGAAGGAAGCGUACAAAAUCAGUAUUCCUUGCAAGGGACAUCAGUGGUACAUGCAGAAGCAGAACGGACAAGAAUGUGCUGCUAAGCAAGAUUACACCUUUUUUGUUGUUUGUCUUUCAUUCUAUUGCUCGACUGUGCCAAGGAAGAGAUACAGAUGUUUUUGUGAAAUUUUGUGAUAGUUUUUUUAUAAGAUUUAGAUAGCAGCAAGAUUGUUCAGAAUACCUCCAGGGUUUUCACAAGAAAUCACAGCUUUAUGCCUCAUAAAAAUGUCUAUAUCUUAAACUAAUUUACAGCCAGUUUAUAAAACUAUGUUUAAGUGUCUGUUGGCUCGUACAAAUGGUGAAAAUGGGGAAUGAUUCACAGGGGGUACACAAGUACUCAAAACAAGCCAAAAAUUGUGAAUUAUAAUCUUCGUAUGAGAAAAAAAUGCCAGUUUUUUUAUGAUAAUCAAAGUAAAUGAGGCAGGAUAGGUCGAUCAGUAUGUAAAAUGAGUACCUGUGUGGUGGAUGAUUAGUUUUACUCCUGGCAAGGGCAGGGUUUUUCUCUUUACUAUCUCAUCCACCCUCUGGGGGUUCUUUCCGUAGUGAUAAAGUGGCCAUAGUGUAGGGCUUUACCUCCAUUCAUUCAUAUGUCUCUUGUGGUGUAAUGUUUGGAAAAGGGACAAGUUUACGUUUUACACAAAUGAAAAUUUAAAAAGAUCAAAUUAAAAUUUAGAAACUUUUCUGUAAUGUACCUGAGAUGAUCUAGAGGAAUGUGUCUUUUUCUUAUCAAAUGUUCUCUCUGAAUAUUGAGACUAAGUCUCCAUGCUUUACUAGCUGAUCCUGAUUAUUCUUGCAUCACACUGCUUAUGAAGUAAAGGAAUUGUGUACCAUUCUUGUAAUUACAAAAACCUCUGUAUUUUUUUUUUAAAGUUUUAGAGGCUUUUUCUUAUCAACACAAAUACAUUUUUAGUCUAACAUCAAGAAAUGAAAGGUAAUAACCAAAUCUAAUCAUAUCUUGAAUUUAAAAAAAAAGAGGAAUGUGAUUGUAAAUAUUGUAUUUUUAUAUUCAUUAGUAAAUCUACUUAAUAUGUGGCAUUUUGCAAUUAAUCAUGACUGUAAGUAAAGUUGUACAUUGAGCUAUUAGAAGGAUUAAUUGAUCAGAUUAAUGGCCUAGAGGGGAAUGGAAAAAUUAUGUCACAUUUUGCGAAUUAUUUGUAACUAAAUAUAUUAGCCAAACAGAAUGUGUUGUUACCAGGAACAGGCGUUUUGGUAUUUGAAUCAUCACGUCCAAACUGUCACUUCUUAUUUUCACAGCUUUUAUCCUUCAUUGCUCAUAUACUGUAUCUUUCUUUAUGAUAUAUUUUCAGAUUUAGUUGUUCUGUUGUGUGUCUUAUCUUAGUCUUUGUAACAGUAACAUCUAGUUUUGCUUUUGUGCUUUUGGAAGGUUCUGUUUGAGGCUUGGAUGAAUUACUAACCAUAGCGAUAGGGUUUACAUUAUUUUCUUUAGGAAAAUAAUGGGAUAGCACCUCAAAAAUAGCUGAAAAUCACCGACUUUCCAAUCUACCCAUUCACCUAAAGACAUUCCCAAUUAAUUUGAUACAGUGUAACGUGAAGUCAAAACACUUUUUAAUAACUUCAGAAUUAUUUAUACCCAGUUGUGCCACGUUUCACACGAUGUUUGUACUUUGGUCUGCCUCUCAGGAAGGAUCAGUUCAGAACACUUACCUUUGCAGGAUGAAAUGUGCACAGAAAGCUUGUUUCUUGUAAUUGUUCAACUAUGGAUAUCACAACACUUUUAUUGCAACAUUUUACUUGUAGAUGCAUUUCAGCUUAGUCAGUGACCUUUAGUGCCACUUUGAUUCUGAAUCUUUCUCAUCUCUGUCAUAUUUGUGAUUUAUUGUGUAUUUUUUGUGUUUCUCUUUCUCUUGUUUUGUGCUGACUUGGAAAGUAUGUUGUUCUGUUAGUAAGUUGAUUGUUUAGGGUAGUUCUUUCUGUAUUGAAUUUGUAUAUAUAAAUAUGUUUCCAGAUAUCAGUGUUCCUUCAUUUUGGUAUUAUCUUCUUGAAUGUCUAUGUUUUCUUCUGUAUUACCUAUUUAUGCUGUGUUUCCAGCUCACGUGUUUUUCAUGUUUUGAGUUUAUCCUCUUGUUUUUGUUGUUUAUACACUCCUCGUGUCGGGCCUUGAAAUCCUUCCCAGUCGAUUGUGCGUAUAUUUUGUUACACUUUGCUUGUACUUGUCAACUUCUUCCUAUUUUAUAAAUUCAUGUCUUCAUAAGAUGUUAUUUGCUUUACAUAUUGGUUUUAUAUUGGCAUUUUGGAAUAUCUUUGUGCUGUCCUGAUUUUAUUUCCAAAAUAUCUUAAUUUUAACCAGCUGGGAACAACAAUAACAAACAUAAAUGAGGUUCAUGGUGAAAUUAAGAGUAGAAUACAUUCAGGGAAUGCUUGUUCUUAUUCAAUUCAAAAACUGUUAUUAUCUCAUUUACUAUCCAAAACAUUGAAGAUCAGGAUGUAUAAAACAAUUUUGCAUAUUAUCUUGUAUGGUUGUAAAGUAUGGUCCCUUACUUUGAAGGAGGAACAUGGAUUACAAGUGUUUGAAAACAGGGUGCUCAGGAAGAUAUUUUUUGACAUAGGAGGGAUGAAUAAGCGGGAAAUUUAGAAUAUGACAUAAUGAGGGGCUGGACAUGUAACAAGCAGGGGGGAGGCAAGGGGUGCAUACAGAAUUUUGAUGAGAAAUCCUGGAAAAUGACCACUGGUCAGACCAAGAAAGAGAUGGGAGGAAACAUCAAGAUGGAUCUUGGAUAGGUGGGCUUUGAGGAUGGCAAAUGGAUGGAGUUGGCUCAGGAUUGUGGACUGUGGUAGGCUGUGGUGUUGUCGGUGUUGAACCUGCAGGUUCUGAUACCAGGGAGUUGGUUCGGUUUAUAGUCAUUGUGAUUGUUGUUUUGUAUUGUUUUCUUUUUAUGUUUAAUUUCUUGUUCAUCUCUGCUUUCUCAGGCGGUAUGCUUUGUGUUCUAUCUAGCAUGUGUUUGAGUACUGCUUUCUUAUAAUCAUGUGGAUGACAAGAGUUCUUGUUUAUCGUUAUAUCUCUGAAUGUGGGUUUGUAUGUCUGUUCAUCUUCAUUACAUUUCGUGGAUCCAUAAAUUAGCUAGAUGACAAUAUGAUGUGGAAUAAGUCAAAAUAAUACAAUACACAUAUACAAGUAUAAUUCAUACUGUUAUAAAGAUUUUGCAUAAUAUAAGUGAAGGGUUCACAUAUUCAAAAUUUUAUUCCUGUUUCUUUUUCUAAAACUGUGUACUGUGUGGUCAAAGUAAUUUAUUUUGCAAUCUUCUUCUUUUACUAAUGUAGGUUUUGUUGUUGCUGCAGAUGUUAAAUUUUUUAUUUAUUUGUUCCAUUGUUUCCUCUCCACUCUCAUUACUUUCUCAAUAUUCUCUUGUUCCAGCUCAUGCAACAAUAUUUUAGCAUUGUUGCCUAACACAGGUGAUUCCUUGUGUGUACCAUUAUUUUGUCUGUAAAAUUUACUCUUGGAUAAAAGGAAUAGUUUUGUUUCAAAAUAUUGUUGAAUUCACUAUUUGCAUACCAUGUCACCUGCAUAUGAAAUAUCAAAGCCAUACAAAAAUUUUCAGGGAUGGCAUCACAGAUAAGUACAAACAAAAAUUAAAUUAUUAUUGUCAUGAUAUUGGCUUCUGAUCCUUAACAGGUUAAUUAUUUUAUACCCACAAUAGGUAAUUCCUGUACAGGCUAUCUAAUUUAAUGUUUAUAAAAGUUUCUGAUAAGAUGAUAUUACCAUCAUGGUUUUGCUUUGGGCCAUUAAUCUGUUGUUUUUAUAUUUUACAUAAAUUGAUAAUAUGAAUUUUAUACACUAAUAUAUUUUUUAUUACUUAGACAUUUGUAACCUUCUAUGUUUUGAAGUAAAAUGCUGUUAACCAGUGAGAUACACAUCAAAAUAUAUGGAACUGUAGGCUCAGUAUUAGUUUCGUAUGUUGUCGGUGUAUAUAAUUGUGGUUCUUAAACUGUUUUCUGCCUUGGGACCAUUCUGUCAGUAUGUUAUUUUGUCUACGUUUUUUGUUUUGAUGAAGAAAAUUAUUUAAUAGAGGAAGGACUGAUAAAUUGGAACACCAUUAGGUUUCUGGCUUGUCACAUGUCUGCUGUUUCUUACACAGUUUUGUGGGGAAUUUAAGUGGUUUUUGACACCUCAACUAAAAUUUUAGCUUGAAAAUAUAUUUCCUGAAAUUUUGAAUUUUCUGAAGAAAUUAACCAAUACCUCUUGAAAAAACUCUUAACUUUUUGUAAAGUAAAACUUGGUUAUAGUGAGUGCAGUGGGACAGAUUAUUUUUAUUCAUUAUAAUUGUUAUUCGCUAUGCAGGAACAUAAAAAAAUGUGUUCAAAAAUCACAUAUGAAAUUACAACAAAUGUUAAAAGUUUUUAGGUUCUGCCAUUUUUUUUCCUUUAAAUUUUAAAGUUGUGUUAAGGGUCAUGUUGUAAAAGAGUCCAUUUUCAUCUGUGUUAUACAUUUCUUCUUCAGUGCAUCCUUUCUUACACUCCCCUGAAACACUUUUCACACAUUUCACUUGCUGUCUGUCUCCACCGAUUUCAGAAUAAAUGUUAUUAUGACGAUUAUUAAAACGUUUGGACCAUCCAUUGCUGCAACUGUAGUUCUUAUGUUUUAAUUGCACUGCAAAUUUUUCUGCCUCAAUCGAUUGGGAAAUCAACAUCCCUUUACACCUUAAACAAUUCCAGUAAUACUUUGUCAAUGUUGUCAAACCCAUAUUUUCAUCCCCCCCCACCUUGUGAGAUUCAUCUCAAAUAUAGAUAAAAUUUGUUCUUUCUUCUGCCACAGAGUUGAAACUAUAGAUGAUUAGUUAAUUUUUUUACACGCAGACAAACACUUUCUUUUAUAUACUGACAUGUUGGUCAAUGAGGAGUGAAAUCUGUACUGAUUAUGGGUUAUCAGCCAUUCUAUUUACAGCAGGCUAGCCACAACAAAACCCAACCCCAAUGGUAACAGGCACAGGAGAAAACUAACCUGCACUACACCAUUAAGAAUGUAAACAAUUGAAAAGUUUUCAUAACAAGAAGACCUAAAAACUUAUUCCCAUAGAAACCAAUUUUAUUCAUUAUAUAUGAGAAAUUUUGUAUGUAUAUUGAGAUAAUUGAUAUGUGAAGUUGUCAUUUUUUCAUUUUCUAACCAAAUUUAGUGCAAAAUCUUGUAUAAAAUAUAUUCCAUUUGAUUUGCAAAAAAGUUUUCCAUUCACACACACACACAUACAUACAGCCUGAAGAUAACCUUAUUUGCAUUGAAAUAUUUUGUAUUUUGCAUGGAAAAUAAGUAUUAUUAUCUUGGUUCAUUAAUCAACUAUAUAUGUGUUACACGUUUCAUCAUAAAAAGUACAGUCUUCAUCUAGAAUUAUCACUUAUCAGUAGCUCAUGUUUUCCCAGCUAUAGCGUUGUGAUAUGGUAAUAUUUAUAUUUUUAUGCAUAAGGUUCAAGACUACCUGUGCAAACAUUAGCAUGUUUUGUCUAUUUCUUUAGUCCUGAGUUUACAUUUACAACUUAUUUUGUCUCCUUUUGUUAUGGGGAAUCUGUAAUCACUUGCAGAAGCAUGAAUUUUCACAAUUAAUGACAAUUUGAGAACCACUUACACAAUAAGAUAUAUAGUAAUCAUAUAAACUUAUUUUUAAAGCAGCAGUAGGAAAUUGUACUUAGGUGCAGAACGGAAGCAAAGGUAGUCAUUUUGUUAGCAUUUCUUUUGUGAUGGUUAUUGAUAAGUAUAUAUGUAAUGGCAUUAACUUUUUAAAAUUAUCUGCUUUUAUGUUUAAACUACCGCAUCAGUUUUAGGUGAAUUCUGGGUGUAGUGAAGUGAGCUUAAAAAAUAAAGGUGUAAAAAUAUGACAUUGAUAGUUGACAUCCACUUCCAGCCAGCAAUAAGACAACUACAUAUUUAUUACACAUUUUAAUCUUCAUUGGCCUUGCAUUAUGGCUUUAGAGAUAUUCAGUUGGUAUGUUAAAGUCUGGCUGGGAGCUUAAAUCCCUUAUUUACAUACAGUGAAGGUUUAGUACAGUUUGUUAGGAGUAGCAGUAGCUAUGUUCAGAACAGUGGUGUUGAAAGUAAUGCUUAAAGGCAUGUUUUGUGACCAAUUUUCACUACAGAUCUUGGUAAUUACCUCCUUAAAUUCUCAGGCGUGCUUGACACCUGGUGAACCUUUAUGAAGUUUUCUAGAAAGUGGCAUUACUGCUUCCCAGAAGUUUUCUUUAAUUUAAUUCGCCGUGGAGAUUGUUUUGAUAAACUUUGUCUCUCAAUCUUCUCCACAAAUAAUAGUCAUGUUAUCAAGUGAAUCAGCAGCCACAACUAAUCAUUCAGUUCCCAAAAAUGUUUCAUAAGAUGGCUGUUGAAUUAUUGGCUCUAAGGAUGAUUGCACCAUCUUGCUGAAAGAAUGCGGCAUAUUCCUUCUCAUCUCUUAAACAGAAAAUUGUGUAUUUGUCCAUUGUAUGUCUCUGGUGAUAUUGUUCUUAAAAAAACUUGUUUUUGUUAUGCACUGCUUAUGAAACUAGAUUUAUGUGGUGGUCCUAUCAAGACGAGAAUAUUCUCACUGGUUAUGAAACAGGAUGACAGCGAGUGAACUACCAGGAAAUGAAUUAGAAUACAGAACAUGGGUUUCUGAGUUAACCGGGAUACGGUCUCUGACACACACCUUCUUGACGGAUGCGGUCUCUGCUGGACUUGGUCUCCGCACGAUCCUGUCUGUGUCUUUGCAAAGACCUUGACAGGCAGAGACCAAUUGAUUCAUAGACUGCAUCUGGCAGAGAACGGGUGUUUUGACUCACCUUUAUAAGAACUUCCAAAUACAGAAGUGAUUCUUAUUGGGAAAUUGCUACAAGAAAGGUAAAGAUUGUAAAAUUUUACAAGCAGUUUGUUUCAGAAUUUUUAUUUUAUUCUUCAUUUAUCUGUUAGUGAGAAUUGAUGUACAAAAUAUUUUAGAGAUUGCCAUUUGGGCAGUGAGAAUAUGUGUAAAUGUGUGCUGUUUUCUGACAUUUUUAACCUUUAUUUAUUAUGCUCACAAGCUACUUUGUUCAUACCCUAGUCUGUAAUUUAUGUGCAGUUAAUGACAAAUAAUAUUAUUCUAAGCAAUAUUGAAAACAAAAUCCUUCUAAAUAAUUUUAUAGUUUGAUACUUCUCUUGCUGUAUAUAAAACAAGACUAGAAAGGUAUACUGAGAUUUGGAGUGCAAUUAUUUUUAUUGAAAUUUUGUUUUCAUCAUUUAUUGUUGAUGCAGAUUUUGUAGUGUGACAAUUUAUUGUUUCUUCAUGACAUUAAAAGUUUAAUCUCAUUCAUUUAAAACUUUUAUAGGAAAUAUCAAUAGUUCAGUAAUUUCUUUCUGUUAGUAUAUUUUAGCAUAGUUCAUAUGACUUAAUGUUUAAUGAAUCUUAUAUGUGUGUAGAAUCAUGUUAACUUUCAUUGUCUUUUCAGUAACAUCUACUUAUAUUCUCAGUAUUAAUUAAACAUGUCUUUCAACA